AUGGCUUUCAAGAGGGCCUUCUUCAAGUUAUUUUCCUGCUUCCGGAGGAAAACAAGGAAGGUGAGCCUUACAGAAGCCGAUGCCCCCAGUUCUCCGACCUGCCGACUGGAGGACAGCACCAAGACUCCUGAGCGAAGAAAAGUCGCUUUCGUCGUGGAUGUGGAGCUCCAGAAAGUGGAGCAAUGUGAAUCCCCACAGUCACAUGAUCGAAUUCGGACCCUGACUCCUAAUUAUGACGAUAGUAGUAUCCCAGGGACUUGUGAUCACCGUUUGCAAACUUCUGACAACAAAAAUCAAUCGGGAAGCAAUGAUCCAAUUAACAACAGUGGCAAGGAAGAUCUCCCCAGAAAGGACACGAGAGAAAAGAAGAAGAAGAUUUUCUUCAAGACAAAGGACAUCAGAAAAGAAGAAAAUACACCACGCCAGGCUUCUUGCUGCAGAAGAGACCGAUGGAGGAGCCAGAAGAUAUGGGAAGAGGUCCAUGAGAGGAUGCAGAAGACAGACCAACCAGAGCGCAGUAUCCUUGAAGGCCUCUCUUCCAUCGCCACUCUGUUUCGGCUGAAGCGGAGGGGGCAAAUGGCCGUCCCCGAGCCAAGGAACAAGAACCUCUACGGCCUGGCUGUCUUGGCUCUGAUGGAGGACAACCGUUUCAGCAGCUUCACGGCAGGAGUAGCCAUAGAGGGAGAGGGCCGCUUUAAAGGCCUGAAGAACGUACCCUAAAUUACACAGCUCACUGAAGUCCAGCGGGCCUUUCCACACUUUCCAGUACAAAUUGCGAUGGCUGGAUAUGAGGACAGAUUCAUCAAUGAAGGAGACCUAACAAUAGAGGAGCUCUGAUGUCUUCAUCCCCUGCCGCCCUUGGACACUGAAGGGUGGAUGGAAAGGAGCUCCACUCUAUCUGAAGGAAAGUCCCUUCGUUUCUCCCAUCUAGUAUCAAUUAUUACACCCCAUUGUUCUGGAAAAACCACAAUACUUACAUCAGAAGACAAGACCAUGAAGGGCUGGAGAAAACAGGCUUUAUUUGUACACAAUGGUUCAGAGCAUUCGCAUGACAAAUUCUGAACCUUGGGCUACUUCCAGGGAAUAAUUCUUAUAGUAUUAGCCUCCCAUGCCUUAGCCUUAGGGUGGCUCUUAUCUACCUUUGACACACUAAAACAGAGAAGUUUAUAUCUUAAAGCUACAUAAGGGAAAAGGAGAAGUUCACACAAACGGUUGUCUUACCACACCUCUCUACACGGGUAAUAUCUUACACCAUCUGUGACUUUCAGUUGACACUUCUUGUAAAAUGGUUUCUACAUAGCAUGAACACCUCUUUACAAUAAUGACACACAGGUUAUAUUAUUUUAGGUUACACUACACAUCCAAGCUUAAUAUUAUCUAUUACUUAAAACAGCAUCCAGCAUUCCUAUUAAGAUAUAUAUUUUUAUGAACUUUUUCCUGACCACCUCACUAUUGUUAUAUUUGCUCUGUUCUACUCUUCUGAACUUAAAAUACAGUAAAUUCUGAAAUUUCUGCUUUCAGGUUCUUGGACCGCCUCAUCCCUUCAAGAACGGAUCUCUCAGCUACUGAAGGCCACCACUGAUUUUGGAAGAUCGCGAGGAGGCUACUCGUGUUGUGGAGCAGAUACAAACUCUCAUCUGUUUUUGUGUGCUGCAGCAGGAUGUUGGGACAGCAAUCAACGCGGCGCCUGGAACUCACCUAUUUUCUUCGACUGUUGCCAACUGGGCUGUCCUCUCUCCAGGCUGGAGGAACCAUGAAAGAGCCUGCGAUUCCACAGGCCCCACUGACGGAUGGACUAAGAGAUUUCAUAGGAAAGCGUCAGCCCUUCCAGCUAAUGUUUCUGGCAUCUAUCUGAUAUAUAUAUAUCCCCAUUUAGAUGGCACCCAUUUAAGAGAAACACGAGAUAAAGAAAAUAGAAAUUCAGCAAAAAGGGCUACACAAACAGCAUCUUGCAAGUCUUAAACUACAAACUUCCUACUACUACUUUUUGCUACUGGAUCCAUUAAGGCGGCUGCUUCCUACGUUUGUUUCUCCGACCUUUUCAGUUACUGGGGGCUCCUCCUGACACAUCCCAUUACCCUAAUUUAGGUUACAAUAGGAUGUCCUUUUCCAGCACAACUUCUCAUUUCAGACUGAUAUUCUUCUAAUGCGCUUCUGUACAGUAUGAGGAAUGGGAUGAGUCAUGUACUUUUACUAUUUUAUCAAAAUCUAAUAUGGUGAACUACAAGGAAAAUGAAAAUAAUGGGAAAGGAAAGGAAGAAAAGAGAAAGAAAAAAGGGAAAAAGAGAAGAACAGAGAAGAAGAGAAAAGCAUUGAGUUACAUCUUCUUUUGGAGCAGUAGAAUAAGCAAUAAGUUACAACCUCAACUUUUUAUGUCACAAAAUAAUAUAGAUAAGGUGCCAAUGGGUGAAAGCAAUCCAUAUAUCAGAGCAAGCAAAGAUUAUUAUUGAUGGAUUCUUAACUAACCCAUGUCAAAUCCAAAAGGGUGCGAGGCCAGGAAGCCCCUUAUCUGCCCUGCUAUUUUAAUCAGGGUUGGAAGUUUUCAUAAGGAUAUUAAGCAACAUGAGGAAAUCACAAGUAUAAAUCUUAAAAAGGAAGUUUAUACAUUCAUUUGCUGAUGAGUUAUUUAUCCAGAAAAAACACUAUAGAAUAUUUGAGAAAGAAACUAAAUGACUUUGGAGCUUUAGUCGCCUAUAAAAUAAAUCAACAGAAAAGAACAAUGUUAGUUAAGAAUAUGGUUUCUCAGGACUAUGAAAUACAAAAUAAAAAGUCAGGUUUUAAGUUGGAGAAAAAGGUGGAAUACCUGGUUUUACAUGGACAACAAAAUGCAGAAUUGUUUCUAAAUGAUGUUGAGCCUUUUUGUCAAAAAAUCUAAUAUGAAGAAGCAGAAAGAAAAUAAAAAUAAUGGGAAAAGAAGGGAAGAAAAGAGAAAGAGGAAAAAGUGUAGGAAAAAGGGGGAAAGCAAAGCGAGAAGA